AUGCAGGCACCGUCCACCGCGCAGGCCCCUCCGUCUUACCCGCCAACAAUGCUGACCACCGUGCCAUUUCCUUCGACCGAGCAAGCUCCCCAGCCACCUCCCAUUGAAACACAGGAGGACACCACUGGCCAUCCCGAUAGCAUGAACAUCGAGGAGGAGCCGUUGUUCGCUGAGGAGCUCACACAAGUCGCCGCUGCACAAGCUCGAGGUCGCCGGGAGGCAUUUGAGAGCGACCGCAGCGAGAUAUCCGUCCAAAAGAGGUGGGGAGCAAUUCAAACGGGAUGCAACAAGUUCCAGGCGGCGUAUGAUCACUCGAAGCGGAUGCCCGUUAGCAUCAUGGGCAUGAAGGACUUGGUGUGGCAAGCUUUGGAUUUCUACAAAAGUAACAAUGAACAAAAGACCUUUGCAUUCCCUCAUUGUUGGAAGGAACUCCAUGGCACCCCCAGGUUCCAGGAGGGGUACGAGGGGUACAUGGCGACCUUGACUGGAAGCAAGACCGCCAAAGAUGCCACGGCCGACCAGCUGGAACUGGAGGCGGUGGUGGCGGAGGCGGAGGUUGCGGAGGCGGAGGCGGCAGAGCACACGGAAUUGCGCCUCGCGGCGACCAGGGCAGAAAUCGCCGACGCCAGGACCGAGCUCGCCAACGCCAGGGCGGCGCUCGCGGAGGCGCGUGCGGUGAUGGCGGCCCCACCUGCGGAUAGGGCCCGCUUCCACGCCCAGCUGGAAGGGUUGCAGGCGGCGGCCGCGGAGGCGGCCCAGGCGGAUGAGGCGGCGGCCCAGGCGGCGGCGGUGGCCCAGGCGGAGGCGGCAAAGAACUACUGCAAGAAUUCGGAGGCAGAGAGAGGGAAGGAAGAGGGGGAUGGAGAGGGGAAGGGGGUUCUUACCAACGGUGAUGGUGGCGUGCUGCUCCUCUCCGUGAUGGUGGCCGGCGUGCAAGGCCCUCCUCCUCCUCUCGGCGACGGUGGCGACGGCGGCCGGCGCGUGACGCCCUAG